CAGGAAGCGGUGUUCUUGUUUGAAUUGUUUAACUGUUUUCUGUUGAUUUAAUAAAUAUUAAUUAUAAUAAAGCUUCUAAAAAAUGUUUUGUGUAGUGAUCUGUCAUAUAAUGGAUAAUUAAGUGCUUGAGAAACCGCAAAAAUUUAUUAAAGGAGUUCAAACCAAACAUUAUAGUUUUUAACCUCAAAAUUCGAAAUGUCACUUUCAAUAAAUAAAGUUUUACCGUUUCGGCACCCGACUUUGGAGUCUGUUCCUUACAAUGAAUACAACGUCGUCUCAAGCGAGGGACUCCCAUUAUCGGGCAGACUUCUGCAAGACACUCGUCAUGUAUGGCACGCGAAAGGGCCUUCUUUGGAAGUUAGAAAUGCGAAAACUGGUUGCAAAGUUGGAGCAUGGACAUUUGGAUAUAUUUUGAAGGAUUCAAACACUAGUAUUGUAUGUGUUGAAGAAAUUCGUAGACCGCACGGGAGACUGUCUCUUCUAGCUGUUGGUAUAGAUUGCGCUAUCAGUGGAGGCUUGGUCUGCAUAUUCGACGUUUUCAGUUCGAAAGUAAUACGGGCUAUACAGAUCAAGGAAAAGAUAUCCUAUUUACAUGUAAUUGAUCCAGGCAUAGAAGACCUGAACCUCCCAGGUCCGUUGAGGAAUUUCGAUGGGAUUUUAGCUGUGGGUACAGACGGUGGUUGUGUAAUUCUCAUAGACAUUUGCCGACAAAUCUGCGAAGAAGCUCUAUUCUCGACUACCAGAAAAGACGAACUGAACCCUUGCCAGCUAGUACUACUGACGUCAAAAAACAUACCUAAAAUCGAGUACUACAAAGAAAGAUCAAUGCGGGAUGGCACUCAUCUUGCGAUACACCUGAACGCUGUUCUCGACAGCCUGACCGAGCACUUCAUUCUCAAGGGGCCAAAAGGAGAUGACCGAAUCUACGUCAACAAAGAGGAAGUUAUCACAAGCGGUCUUUACUAUUGUCCCCAACUAACUUCCCUCCUUGUCGGGUAUAACUUCGGAGCGUUCCAGCUCUGGGAUCUCACCACCCUUACGUUGGUGUAUACUUCUCCGGUUUGCGAAGGGCACUUGCCUGUCACAAAGUUUGCUCUGCAAGAACCAGCGGAUGAUCCGAGAGCAUUUUGUUACGUUUGGGUAUCGUACAGUAAGUCCGAGGUAGAUCAGUCUGGCUUGCCGCUGGUUGUGAUGUAUUCACUCUGUUAUGAAUCCAAAGAGUUCCACGAAGGCUACGGGUUCCUGUAUCAAGAUUUCCAGCACUGUUCGGUUCGAUUCCAGGUGGAAUUGGGACCGUUGGAAGAGGUCAAACAUGGGCCUGAUCCAAAAUGGGGCCAAUGCUUGGGUCUCCAACCGAUCUCCAAAAUCCCCCCAGGUAAGGAACACAAUUCGCGCGUCUCGUCCGGAGACAAUUUAGCGCUAUGCCUCAUAUCGUGGACAGUAUGGUUCGGAGAAAGCAUCAAUCAAACCAACAUCCUCAUCUUUGACUUGAACCAGUGGUACAAAGAGCAGAUGCCCAACUUCUCCAGAUGGAAGAACUGUAGCAACUACUUGUUACGACUCUCGCUCACCGACAUGAUCCACAUAACGGGUAAUGGUAAAGCGGGGCCCCUAUUGGACGUUGCUUUGGAUCCAAAAUCGUUGGCGCAAUUCGUAGGCGUGCAGAGGCUGGAGGAACACUUUUACCCGACUUCGCUGUCGUUCGAUUUGUUGGUGCUCCGAGAAAACGAUGUUGUGCUGUUUCACAAUAGAGGCCUCCAGCAAGCUUUGCUUCAUCAGAUCGAGUCAACCGGGCCUCUGUGUCUUCUCAAGCCCAGUGAGGUUUCGAGGCAGGUGCUGUCACUUGGGCUGACACCGUUAUUCAGCGAGGAGUCUUUGAAUUCGUCCUUUUCCACCGGGACUCAGAGGGAAAUCAUCCUGAACGUGGGGCUGGAGCACCAGCUCGUAGGCUGGUUAUGCAAGUGUGCUUCCGAAUGGGCGAAUGGUAGUUUUUCUUCCGCAGGUUGCUCCCUGGACUUUCUCCUCAACUGGGCGUUUCAGCGAGCAGUCAGUAUGAAAAGUCACUGUGACAGGUACUGCGCCCCCUUGUUCGAUCACUCCCAGUCGCAGCUGGACAACAACACGACUGUUCUCCUCAACAGCUGCAUCAGACAGAUUAACAACCUGUGCGUCUUGUACUCUUAUAUCAUCAACAAGCUGAGCUCGUUCCUUUCUUGCCCUGACCUGGUCGAGGAACAGAGGCGGAGCUUGCAGAUGGUCAGCGUGUAUUUCGAGGUCCUGCAGUGGCUGGUCAACGUAGGUCUGUUGCCGGAAUACGCUCCUUCGAUGUACCCCCGAAACUCUGACAAAAUCGGCGCCCCGUAUCCGGUCCAAGAGCUCACCAAAUUCUACAACGAUAAGCGGACUGAGCUGCAGCUCCUCAACGAGGAGACCUUCGCCAGCAAAGACAGUCUUCUGUUCAUCGACAACCUCAUCAACAGGAAUUGCGGUGGGGGUCACUUGCAAGCGCAGUGGCGUGAAGACAACGGGAGCGGGCUGUACCCUCCGCCCUCUUUGCAGUCUCUGAUACGGACGUACCUGAUCGACGUGGCCGAAAUCAAGCACAAGCAUUCACUUGUGAUUUACUUGUUUCUGGAUUUGGCGAUGGCUUUGGAGAAGAGUCGCUACUCCCCCGUUAUUACGUAUCUCAUCAAAUUUCCCGCUGUUUUCAAGGUGAGUACAAGCGUCAUAAAAAUCACCCAAGCUUUCUGGCAAUUGGAUCACGGCGAUUUCGCUACGGCCAUGGAGCAGUUACUGGACCCCUUCGUGCUAGGCGAAGACCUUCAACCGUGGCAACAUACGAUCGCGAUGAGGUCUCUCUGCGUCCAGAAGCAGUACAACUUCGCCCUGCUCUACAUACAAACCAGAAAACCGCCCAUGACGGACCACACCGACUUCCUAACGGCCAUCAGCCUGUUCGUAGCCAACAAGAUGCUCGACGAGGCGUUCUACUUCAUGAAGCAGCACCGGAACGGCGCAGACGAAGACCUCCUGAUGCACCUCUUCGAGGAAUGCAAGAAGAACGACUGCCUCCACGAUCUGCUGUACAAGAACUUGGGUUCUGGCGAGGAACAGGCGUUCAUCAAGUACUUGAAGAACGCCAACAGCGCUUCUUCGGACGAGCUGCAGGUUUUCUACUAUCUGCUGCGGUCGAGGUAUCUCGAAGCGUUCGAUUAUCACGCAGGCGUUGUUAGAAACAACGGUAGGCAAGGGUUGAUCGGGCAGAGUAAUGUUUCGACGACGGAUCAGGUGGUGAGGAUCUUCAAGUCUUUGUUGCCGGAUGUGAACAGGAACCUCGUGGAAUACGUCAGGAAGGAGAGGACAAAUCUUUGGAAGGAAGUUUCUAGACCGACUCCUCUCUCCGUCUUCGUUCACAAUACCAACGAACAAAUUCAAUAUAAGUCGACCUUGAUACACGCGGCAUUAGCAAAGGCCAAGCAUACGUUUCAGGACAAUUUGAAUGAAACCAAAUUCAAUGAGUUGCUGACUGAAGAAACGCCGUUUUUGAGGACGCCCAAGGCCUUUAAAAAUGGCACCAGAAUGACGCCAAAUAUAAUAACUCCCAACGUCAUUGAAUUCGACGAAAACGGCGAAGGGUUUGGCCCGUCUCCCCCAAAAAAACUCAAACUGACUCCGAGGCUUUCCACUGGAAGUCCCCCCAAAAUGAACGUCUCAGUGCACGCCAUAAUGCUCACGCCUAUUGUUAGGAGAAAGACCUCAUUGCAACAGGACCAGUCUAACCUAUCAAGCACGAUUAUGAAUGUCUGUACACCUCAAGGUAUCCUGAAGGGUAGAAAUAUUGAAGAAGAAGAAGAUGCAGGAAGAAGUGACAGGAAAUCGGGCAUUGGUCUGCGCUCGAGAAGAUCCGUAUCCAGAACCCCUCGGCCUCAGCACGUCCAAUUUCAGGACUCUUUCAGCGAUCUGAGCUCGAAACCAGCCGAAAGCACCGCUCUCGAAGACCAGAUACUCCAGAAAUCUUCUUUGUCUUCCAAAGAUAUUAGUUGUAUGGUUUCCUCGAAAGAAAGUAGUCGUUCCACUAACGAUGACGUGUUUUAUUCACCGAAUACUUCGCUGGAAGAGCUGUCCCACGAGAAGGAGCAACAAGAGUUUACGAAUUUGGAAAGUACAAAGUUGGAGGGGGAUUCGGUGAAGGAAGACGAAGAAAGCCGGGAAAUUGAGAGGGAUCCGAGUCCAAACGAAUCUGCCGUUGAAUCUCCAAGGGGGAGGAGGAGUUAUAAAAGAUCGUUCAAAGAAAUGUCCCCGGUACGUUCCAGCCCGAGACUUGCUAAAAAUACCUCCUCUCAAGUCGCUCAACAGCUGCCAAAAAUUUCGCAAGAUGACUCAGCAACAGAAGGUAAAAAAAUUGAUGUGUCUGCAUCUAACUCGGAGCGUAUUUCUGAAGACUCGACACCACCGGUGCAGUCGCCAAGGUUGUUGCUCAAAGUUAAGGGUAGAAGGUCGCUGAGUCGGCAGGUUCUGGAACAGAACACGUUUUUGAGAUUGUGCACCCCCAUGAAGAGUGACACAACGGUAAGCAAAGAGACAACGUUUUCGAAAACGGAAAAGACCGUUUCCGUAGAAAAAUCCCCUAGAGUGUCUAGAACUACUACCGUGGAGACGAGUUUGAAAAUUUCUGAUGUCUCUCGAAGCAGUCUGAACUCUCCAGCCACUCAGAAAAUCCAUAACGUAAGCGGUUCAGUCACAAGGAAACAAGACCUGGAAAUCUCAACAGACUUCGACAGUUCUAUGGAAAGUGAUGCAAGUUUCGAAUUAUCAACGCAAAAUAAGGUUCCCGAGCUCGAGAUUUCCGAUUCAGUCCACGAAUACAUGAAGUCUGUUUACGCGAAACUUGCCGCCAUGCAGAAGAAGAAUUCUUCCCAAGACUUACUCAAACCGGAUACUCUGAGCCAAACCUCGAAUGUUGAAAAUACUGAAACCGGCCAGGUAGAAGUUGAAAUGUCCAACGAAGAAGUCGGAGGAUCUAGCGUUGAAGCGCCACCUAUCGAGGAUAAUAAAACUGUUUCAGAAGAAAACAUGCCUAAUGUCUCUCAAAACAAAUCAGCUGAUCAGUUGGAGCGUGAAGCAAGUGAAAGAGAUUCGGCAGACUCAUCUCAAAACAAAGAUAAGAGCGAGGAGGUUAUAUCGAUGGAAAUCUACGAAGACCUCUCCAGCGGUGCCGAUGAUAAACAAUCUUGUACCGAAGAUCAUUCAGGAUUUGAUGAGCUGGAGGUGAACGUGUUUGGGAUCACGGAAUCUGCAGCUACAACUCCUUCAAGGAAGAUGGAGCAGAGCUCAGCCAGCUCUUCUGAAGGUUCCAUUCCUGAAACAGAAAAAGCUUUUAUAGAAUAUACACCCGAAAAGAAAGUAUCUGGCAAGGAAGAGGUCAUUGUUAUCAACUCCAGUGAGGACGAGGAAGCGAGUAAUUCGAGCUCUAUCAACUUGCAGGUUUCUUUUGAACAAAAUAUUCAGGCUCACAAUCGUUCUGAAGCUUCUAGUCAGUCUUCAGACAGUGAAGAAGGCGAAUACCGCUCGGUUAAAAAGAAAUGUCUUGAAGACAACGAAAUGGAUGAUAUCGUGGAAAAUGUUGAUGCUCCGGUUAUGGAGACUGAGGAAUUAGAUAAAGAAGUUGAAGGGGAAGAAGCUGCAGCAAGUUUGGACGUCGGCGAAGCACAUCAUGGUCCAGAGAAAGUUUCUUCAGAUGAAAUCAACAAAAGCAGCGCCCGUGGGACGUCUGCAGAGGAUUUCAGCACAUCGGAAGAGGUCCACGAAGUUAAGAGCUCUUCUGAACCUAAAGGAAUUGAUGAAGGUGUAGCAUUGGAAGAUUUGGAGGAUUUACAAGGACCCACGGGCAGAGAAACGGUAAUUUCAAAGGAAAGAGAUGAUGAAACCAAAGAUACAAUGGAAACAGUCACUCAAGAAAGUACGAAUUCAAAAGCCACUGUCAAGGAAGUUUCUGUCAAAGUAUCUGCAACUGACUGUCAGAAAAAGCUCGUUCCUCCGGAGUUAACGGCUACCAUUGAGGAUACGAAAAUGAGCAAAAAAAAGGACCAGUUCACAAACACGUCGUUCUCAUCGUUGGAUACCACAGACGGCGAGUUAGAAACUGAAGACACGGAUAAAUCUACUAAAGUCGAUGGAGGUUUAGACACUAAUAAAGUCGAACAAUCGUCGCAGACUGCGAGGAAAAGCCUAGCGCAAGAAAGUUUCGUCGGAAAGGUGGAUUGGUCAACCAAUCAAAGAGUCUAUCCUCCGAGGGUUCCCGCCAGAACGAAUGCUGAAGAUUCGUCUUCGGAUACUACGGAGGGUGAAACAGUCAGGCAAGACUUGGUCGUGACUGCUCAGGUCCAUGCUACGAGUAAAAAGAAGAUCGAGCAGCCUCUCAUUAAGCGGGUCACUAGGAGAAGUAUCAGUUUGAUGUCGCAGGGUCCUUUGGAGGCUCCAAAGGACGGGCUACAGGAAGGAAUGGAUGACAAGCAAACGGAGGAUGUCUUUACGCCAGAGAAACCUAAAUCCAGAGUUGCUUCUCCAUCCCGUGGCUCUACCAGAACUAGUAAACCGAGGAGGCUAUCUCAGUGCAGCAGCAGCACGAUCGAUUGUGAAAUGAACACCUCCAAAGAAACCCUGGAAGCUCCCAAAGUGGCGACCCUUCUGAGGAAGACCCGUAGUGCUAGCGUUGACGAAGUGAAGACAUACUCGAGAAAGCGUACCUUGAAAAGAAGCAACUCCGUAGAGGGAGAAACUGCGGCAGAGAUCAAACCAAAACUCAGAGGCAAAGCUAGAUCGGUGUCACAGAUGCCGGUUAUUUCUGAAGAGGCGAAGUCGCAGAGAGGUAGCAAGGAAGUUUACGCCAGCUCGAGAAGACUAACGAGGAGACAGGCUAGUAUUGUGAAGGGCGGUCCGACGCCUGCGGAACUCACGGCUGAGGAUGAGGGAGAAUCGAUGAAGCCGUUGGAGUUGGAAGGUUUGGAUCCUAUCAAGUUGUUGGACAAGGAACCGUUUCAAGGUGAACCGGAUCCAGAAGAAAAGAAGGUUUACCAAGUUUCACCUUCUCCUUCGAACAGCACAGCUGGUUCGAUUAACAAACCAGCGAGGAGGAAGAGUCGGUCGGCAUCUGUGGUUUCUGAUAUUUCACUUCCUCCUUCAGUAAGUGAACCUCCUACGCCGGAAAAACGACCCCGGAAGACAAGGAGUCAAGCAGGGAGUCCCAAAACUCCAACAGGAGUUAAAACACGAUCUAGGAAACAUUCUGAAACAAGUUCGAUAGCAUCAGCAAAAUCUGAUCCUGCAACACCCCCGAAAAGAUUGAGGAAAAAACAAACGGAAGAUUCUGAGGGCAGCACAAGUAUGAAAAGGACCAGGAGUAGAGCAGAUUCGGUGUCUUCUGCACAUUCAGAUGCAACUGAAUCUCCUAGAAAGAACUUGAGAGCCAGAAGAUUGGUGUCGGCAAAGUCUGAUUUACCAGAAAUUACAGAGGAAAAAGUUGAUGAAAGUAACGCUAGUCAAAAGAAGAAUACGAGGAAAAAGAAUUGAAAUUAUCGAAUAAGAUAAUCACGUUGAUUUUUGUUUAGUGUGCCCACAAAACUUUUUUGGUGACUUGUAAAUAUUGUGACUAAUGUAAAUGUUAAUAAAAUGAAUUUGUUAAGUCUUUA